UAGUUUUCUUUAUUUUCAAUGUACUAGUACAAGUGAGAGGUCUUUGGAAAGACAGAAACACCGCAGCCACCACCGGUCACGGCAGAACCCUAAUACGAUCACGCCGGCUCCAUUCCAAAGAGAACCUCCAUACAACAUGUCGUCUCUGAGAAACGCCGUUCCCAGACCUGCUCACAAAGAGCGCCCCCAACCGUCUUCGAGGAGAAGAUUCGGAGUGCUCGAAAAGCACAAAGACUAUGUCGAACGUGCAAAAGCCUUUCACACGAAGGAGGACACUCUACGGAAACUUAGGGAAAAAGCUGCAAACAGGAACGAGGAUGAGUUUUACUUUAAGAUGAUUAAAUCAAAAACUGUUAAUGGAGUUCAUAGACCAGUGAAUGAGGAUAACAAGUACACUCAAGAAGAGCUUAUAUUGAUGAAAACACAGGAUAUGGGAUAUGUUCUUCAAGUGCUUCAAAGUGAGAAAAAGAAAGUCGAAUCGCUAUCUGCCAUGCUGCACUCUACUGGUAAUAAGCCGGUGAAUAGCCAUGUUUAUUUUGCUGAGGACAGGGAAGAGGCUAAAGAGUUAAAAUUAAAACACUCAAAAAGAGAAGUUCCAUCCACUUCUGGUGAUGUUCCUGUUAAUAUCAAAAGGAAAACAGAACGAUCAUACAAAGAGUUGGAAGCAAGGAAAGCUAGAGUCAGCCAACUGGAGAAAGUUUACAUGGAUAUGGCACUGACAAAGGAGUUGCAGAAAAAUGGUAGGAAGCGCAAACUACGUCCAGAUGAAAUUGUCAAUCCAACCAAUAGACCGGUUUACAAGUGGCGUGCUGAAAGAAAGCGAUGAAAGAGUUGAUAAAAUGUUGAGCUGAUUAUUUUUGCCUUAUAUCAUGUUGUAUAAUGAUUAAUUACUUCCAUCUUGGGGCUGGAUUUUGAGAAUUAAGACAUUUUUAAUUUA